AAGACGGCGAGUACAGUAAUGAGGUGAAAACCUUUCGAGGGCAUUUAUCGGUUCUAUAUUUAAUCAGUAAAAUCGUUUUGGCUGCACAGGAUGAAAGGAUACGCGAAAAUGUUUCGUGUAGCAUUGACUUUGGCUAUGUUGAUCAUAAGGUGUGAGGCCAGAACAAGCUCUGCUCCGAAACAGCUUGAGAAGAUGACUUCUGAUCCAUUGGUUUAUGAGCCAGUGGUCGUGGAAAUCAUGCCGAAAUCCAUUGCGAGCAAUCACGAGGACUUCAUAAUAUUUUUGAAGAAUUUCUUGGCCCGGUGGAGCUCAGUGGUAACGCGCUUUGCAAACGUGAUCAUGAAAGAAUUCCUCAUCCUGGCGCCACCCGAAAUGCACCACUUGGCCUCCAAAACCACAUCGGCGCCAUUCGCGGAGGCGGACAUCAGGAUCGAAUCCGCCGCCCCGGGCGACGCAGGGAUGCCAAACACACUGCGCAGCCUCGGGUGCGAACACCCGGGCCUGUUCAUACAUGUGCCUGUGAGCUCCGUGUUCUUGGCCUCGGGCGACGUGUUCGGCAAUAAUGCAUCCGCUCAACAAGAUGAUGCGAUGCUCGAGGCCUGGGCACAAUACAGAUGGGGUACAUUCAGCACCAGAACAUGUCCGAUAUUUGGUGACAAAGCAGCCCCCAAACAUCUGCGCGAAAGCUCUUUGGCCGAACCAGACUUCGACCGUGAAAUGCUCAAUGAUGAAACCAAGCUCGAACUCGGAAUAUCUGCGCAUGAGCAGCAUUGUGGGGGGAAAUCCGAAGUUGACGUGAUCAAAAAGCACAAAGACAUUCGACACAGGGAAUCUAUGACAAUGUCAACACAGAAGAUCAAUUUUAGAAUAUUGAGACCAUCCGAAGUAAUUCCCGCAUUUUUAAUUGUGAUCCCAGCAGCUUUGUUCAAGGCGAAGAAGCGGAAAAACUCUGAAUCGGCGCACCUUGCGAAAGUUAAAUUCUCCCGCAUUCCCGACUUCCUCAGACAUCUGCGCGAAAGCUCUUUGGCCGAACCAGACUUCGACCGUGAAAUGCUCAAUGAUGAAACCAAGCUCGAACUCGGAAUAUCUGCGCAUGAACAGCAUUGUGGGGGGAAAUCCGAAGUUGACGUGAUCAAAAAGCACAAAGACAUUCGACUCAGGGAAUCUAUGACAAUGUCAACACAGAAGAUCAAUUUUAGAAUAUUGAGACCAUCCGAAGUAAUUCCCGCAUUUUUAAUUGUGAUCCCAGCAGCUUUGUUCAAGGCGAAGAAGCGGAAAAACUCUGAAUCGAGAGCAGAUGAAUUGAACGGAGAGGCUAUUCUGUACCUUUUUGCAAUAACAAAUCAUAAUCACGUUUUGAUGAAAAGCAUGGAACAGAUCUUCAAUCACGCGACUAAAUCCAAGCACAAAGCACUGUUUCCGAUCGCGCUCCAUCAUGAUGCGCUUAGAACAAUGGAAGAAGUGGCAAACGCUUUUCAAACCAAAGCAUUCUAUGCACCUCUGGAUAUGGGUCCUGUGUUAGUCACCAGUGUUUUGCAGGAAACAUUGUAUCAAGUGGCUGCUUCGGGGAAUUUCAAACAUUUUCCGGUCAUGCUUGAUACCCGGUUGUUACCAUGGAACAUCAGCAUGAACCAGAACAAUUAUCACAUCGAGAGGAAUGACAGAGGAUAUGACAUGAUAGUUUCGGCAUUCCAACCACCAGACGACAAUUUAUCAAAGGUCAAGGGAUUUUCCCAGCAGGAAUCCGGGAGCGAUGGAUCAGAACAUUCCUCGGAAGAUACAUUUUUGUCAAGCGAUCCGAAAUUUUCAAUUCCUGGUGACUAUCGCCCAAAAUUCCAAGACAGUCUGUCACAAAAUAACACGGGCAUGGACUGGACACACGUCGUGCUCAUCAGAACAAUCAGCAAAGAGGGUUCCUGGGAUCUCGGAGUUCAAAGAAGGUCGGCUGCGUCAUUCAUUGUGACAGCCUUCAUUCCAAAGGAUCAGGAAAUUGAAAUUCUUCCAGAUCUACUCAAAGAAAAAGACCCAGCAGGAAAAAUGGCGUCCGUAUCAGUGACAACUCUAGUCCGGAAGGGCAGCAGUCCCGUGCUUGGUGCUAUUGUGAGUUGCGUUGUUAUUCGGGAAGAUGAAUUUGAUGGUGAUGCGAGUCGCGUUGUGGAAGAGGUUUUGCUCGCAGACGCGGGAGACGCCGGUGAUAUUGGCGCAAAUGAUGGCAUCUACACCGCGAAGCUUCCGGUCCUCGAAACCCCGGGCUUUCACUUGCUUUUCAUCCGCGUGCGGGGAAUCGAGAACAUCACCCAUGUCAUCAGAGGGAUAAACAGCCAAGGAAGUGGGGGCUUCCCCUUUGUUUCUGGAUGCGACAGUCCCGAAGGAACUUGGGAAAAGGUCAUGCUACCAGGGUUUUCCAGGUUCAAGUUUCUCGACUACGUCAAGUUAACCAAGGAGGACAUUGAUGCAUGGGGCGCAAAUUUCACUGAAAAGCGAGAGAAGAAUAAGGUAGAACAAAUCAAAGUUUCCAACGCGCAAAACAGCAGGACUGUUGUCAUCGAAUGGGAAUUUCAAAGGAGUCUGAAUCCAAAUUUCGAACUCCAUUGCCAAAAAGCAAGUGACGAUGGAACGAAGGGUUUCAAGAGACUUGAUGAUUUCGGAAAAUUCGAGAUCUUCAGCGAAAAAGAUUCCGCCACGUCUCGCGCUACCCUAAGUUUCACAGCUUCUCCCGUGGGAACGGAACCCAGCAAUUCCGAAAAUCACUUUUGCGGAAUAAUCAGCAGAUCAUCCGAAGGAAGGCCUCGAACAAUUUCGAAACUCUUCCAAGUUCCGGCAUUAGUUGAUCCAACGAUAGAGAAAGAAGCCUCUGUAUUCGAGAAUGAUGAAAAGAACGCUACCUCAAUUCCCGACUGCAAGUCCUGUGAGCCCGUCAUUGUGAUGACUCCUUGCGCUGCCUCAGAAUCAUUCAACAGCACCAACCAUCAGAAGAUGGCUCCUGACACCGAAGAAAUAACGCUUACUAUCUCAAGUCCAUCUCACGACAGAUCCGCUGAUGUUUCACCAGAGGAAAAUGAAGGAGACGACUCUCCUGUGAAACUCAUCGUUGAGGAAUCAACCCCUCGGCUGGAACACAGCGAUGGAAAAAAAUCAAAAUUUCUGGUUCCUGUGCACCACGAAUCCGUUCAUAGAAGACACGUACAUCCUGGAGCAGUAGAACCCGCUGAAGAAAACGACGGGCAUGAACACGACUACCCGCUCAAAAUGUCGGAUAAGGAUGAUGUGACGGAUCAGCGAAGUUCCGACCUGGAAGCCAUCUUGAUUGCGUUUGCAAGCAGUUCAUUGCUGCUACUUUCUCUUGUCGUCUGCGGAUUUUACUUGACCGAAAGAUUUCGAUGCCACGUCACGAAGACGAAUGCGCAUCAUGGAGGUGCGAAGGCUGAUCCCAGCGAACCCCACCAUGCGUAG